AGAAUGUGGAGACUGCACUGGAAUCAGACAGUAAGGAGAGAGUCAGAAGUGGAGAGACGGAGGAGGAGGAGGAGGAGGACCAAGAGCCGAUGAACUGGAGGAGACUCUCACUGCAGUCACACCUCAGAACAAACAAACAAAGAGCCAACAAAGAUGGACAUAUUUCUCCUGCUCAUCACGGCUGCAUCAGGGCUGUGUGCUGUCUCAUCAACUGCUGGACGUCAGUACCAUUUUAUUUAUGACCUGAAGAACAUGACUGAAGCCCAGAGUUACUGCAGAGAACAUUACACAGACCUGGCCACUACAGACAACAUGGACGACGUGAAUACCCUGAACAACAUGGCAGAUUUAAGCCAAAUGGUCUACUCUGAAUACAGCCAUCGAGCCUGGAUCGGGCUGUACAAUGACGUGGACAGCUGGAGGUGGUCACUGUCAGACAGAAGUUUCUACGGACUCGGGGAGACUGAGUUCAGAAAGUGGUAUCCUGGACGACCAGGCAAUGUGUAUGAUCGACCAUGCACAAUAAUUAAUACGGAUGGACUGUGGUACGACUACAAUUGUAAAAAACAGUACAAGUCUGUCUGCAUGGAUGUCAGAGGACCCAAUGUGACAUUUGUCCCCAACAACAAUCUCAUGACAUGGACUGAGGCCCAGAGCUACUGCAGAGAACACCACACAGACCUGGCCACUGUGAGGAACAUGGCAGAGAACCAGAAGGUGAGUGAGCUGGUACCUUCAGGACAAGACAUCUGGAUCGGCCUUUACAGGGACCCCUGGAAGUGGUCAGAUGGAAGUACCUCCUCAUUCAGGUACUGGAGACCAAUGGAGCCUAACGGUCCGAACGAGCUUUGUGUGGCAGCAGACUUUAGCCACUCUGGACGAUGGGAGGACUGGAACUGUGACCAGAAGAGAGCAUUCAUCUGCUACAGACAACUUACAACAAAACAAGUGAUAAAACUGAGUGUGCUGAAAGACUCCUCUCUGGAUCUGAAUGACCCUGCUGUGGUGGAACAAGUCUCGAAGCAGAUCAAACAGAGGCUGAAGGACCAGGGGGUGAAUGAAGACAUCAAACUGAGCUGGAGGAAGCAGUCAGAUGGAAAGAUCUUCCACAAGGACGAGAAGGAGACAGAGAAGAGGAAGAAGAGGGAGCUUUAAUUGCUGUGUCUGUUUUCAUCAGAGUCCUCAUGUAAUGGGUCAGAAUAUAUCUGCAACAAUCAGUCAGUUAAUCAAUUCAUAAUUUUAUUUUACAAGCAAAAAUAACAAAUAUUCACUGGUUCCAGUUUCUUAAAUGUGAGGAUUUGAUGCUUUUCUUUAUCGUAUAUGGUCAUUAACUUAAUAUCUUUGGGUUUUAGGCAGUUGAUCAAUUAAAAAAAGAUGUUUGAAUUUAUCUGCUUGGGCUGUGGGAAACUGUAACAGGCAUUUUCAUUAUUUUCUGACAAUAAUGAUAACAUUAAUCAAUAAUGAUAACAUUAAUCAACAAUGAUGAUAACAUUAAUCAAUAAUAAUGGUGACUAGUUACAGCCCUCAGUCAGAAUUAUUAGAUAGUAGAUAUUAUAAUAGAUAUAUGGGUAAUGAUUAUAUGCCAGCUUGUGACCUAUCAACUUCCUUAAAGAUACUAUCAGAUUAGAUUAGAUAAAAUCAGACACUGUAUGUUAGAUAAGAUUAGAUUAGAUAUAAUAUGAUAAGAUUAGAUUAAAUUAGAUAACAUAUAAGAUUAGAUAAGGCACAUGUGAGUGGGACAUCAUGAAAAUGUGUGAAAUAAAUGUGUCCUUGGAGAAAAUGCCAUUAUGAAAUGAAAAUAAUACUCAAUAAAGUUAUGUUAUUGUGAAAA